GACAACUUUACCAUUCUGAGCAUAAGCCAUCUGCACUUGGACUCCUACUGAUCAGCACUCGUCGCCUGCGUCCAGACCAUACAUGUCCAGACCAUAGCAGUAGGCAAAGCAAGAACGCUGCUUUGCCGUCCUUCUAGCUAAAACCGAACGAUGCAAUCCGGUUAUGUACCAGCAAUGGGCCCGCCCGCUCGCAAACGGAAGCGACGCAUGCGGAUGCCACCGCGCGAGGAGACAACGUUAGUUUGCCUCAUCAAGAGCCUGAUCGGGCGACGUGUUGUUGUGGAGCUCAGAAACGAUACCCUGUUGCGCGGCCUCUUGGACGACGUGGAUGAUUUCAUGAACAUGUCGCUGUCUGAGGUGACGUUCCAGACGGUGGAGGGCUACAAGAAGGAGUACGCGAGUAUGUACGUCAAGGGCCGCAACGUACGAUUCGUACACCUACCCAAGAGCCUGGACCCCGCUGCCGCCAUUGAUGCCUACCGUCAUCGGGUGAUUCGCAGCAAGCUAGAAGCAGCACGGGAGCGGGCCCGAGCGCUUGGGUCGGCUAAGCGGGAGGCUAAGGGCGUGGAGG